GCCCCCUCGAAACCAUACAACUUUUGUCUGAAACUUUUUUUGAUUUGAUGUGCAGUUCUCGAGAUUUCUCGUUGCCUCAAGAUAAAAAACUCACCCUGUAUAUUGCAUACAUUUUUCCACAUUUAAUUGUAUUUUUCAAACAGUUUUAGCAAUCGGCGUUACAUUCCGUAUGUUCCUCGAAGCAGUUAUACGCCAUCCGUUUCUCGACAUGAAACUGUUUCGUGCAAGAAACAGCAUGAUGCUUCUGAUAAACCUCGUUACACGCCUCGUAUCAUGAGCAGGAGAUUCGCCCUGACAUCUACUGCGUACAAAUACUUGGAUGUUGGAAUCUGCGUGGUACCUGAUGCAUCCUAUGUGGAAUUCAUUCUCGGCGACAAUCGUGGAAAUAAGAUGGCGUUAAAUCAUUCAACGUGGAUGGAAUUUAACAAGAAACGUGCCGAAAUAGAGCAGCUCUUUAAGUCAUCAGACGCAUCAUCAUCGGUACAGAUUGACAAUUUAGUUUUAGAACUUGUUAGAAUGUACAAUAAAAAAGUUGUAAAAUUCACGUUAGAUGACACUUGCAUGUACAUGAACAUGUCAACUGUAUUAUUUUUACUCAAUCUCGAACAUUGUGUGGAGCAUGUAUAUCGCAAACUGUCGGAGGAUAUAGAAGCUGUAAAUGAAAGCUUCGAUCAAUUUGUUUGCAAAGUAAUAUGA